GGACUUUUUCUGGAGGUAGUUUAAAUAAAGAAGAAACGCACGCGUGAGCGAGAAGCGAGAAGCAUGCUGAUCCAUCAUCCAUGUGUGCGUUGCAUGGCCUAAAGCGGGGAGGAGAGGAGUAGGAGCAGGAGCAGGAGAGGAAUGAUGGUGCCAUCACCCCCAGCCCAAGCCCUCCCUUCAAUCCAACUCCACCUCCACAAAAAUUCUAUUCAUUCUCCACCAAACAGCGGAAGAGAAUUCAUCUUUCCCUGUUAAAAAUUGAGUCUUUUCUGGCAAAGGAUCCCACGUUUGAGUUAAAAAUCCCCCCUUUUGCUGUCCAUUUGUCGACGCUCCAAUUCUUUUUUGCUGCGAUUGCAUCGUGGAUUUGAACCACGCGCACCACCACAGCCAAUCCCCUCCAAUCCUGCCCCAACAAUUCCAAUCUCCAACGGAAGCGAACAUCAAGAAAUCCUUAAUAGGGACGCACCAAGAACUCCACUGCGAGAAUCCCUAAUCAUUUCUUGGUGCAUUGGCCCGCUCCAUCAUCCGCGAAAUCCCAAGAAACAUCUCCCAAAUCGCCCCCAAUCGGUCCUACACCGCACCAGAUCACAGCUCAUAAUCCCAGAGAAUUAGAGCGAGAGCGAAAAGGAGGAAGCAAUGACGGAGGUGGCGCUCCUCCGGGGCCCGACCAACCUCGCUUCCCCCGCAAGCCGCGCCUCCUCCCUGCGCUAUUUAGCCAAUGCCGACAGCGACGUGCUCCGAGGAAGCGGCAGCCCGGAGCACCCUACGGGAUCUACAGGGAGCCUUGAACUCCAAGAACGGCGUGGGCAGGAAGCAGGAGGGUCGGAGGAGGAGGAAGAGGAGCGGUGGUCGUUCUUGGCGCUGCUGUUUGAGCUGCUGCGCAAGUCGCUGCUCGGUUGCAGGGCUGAGGGCGGUGACGGCGGCGGCUGUGGGAUGGAGAUUGGGUGGCCGACGGACGUGCAGCACGUGGCGCACGUCACGUUCGAUAGGUUCCAUGGAUUCCUGGGGCUCCCCGUCGAGUUCGAGCCCGAGGUGCCCCGCCGCGCUCCCAGUGCGAGCACAAGUGUCUUUGGAGUUUCAACAGAAUCAAUGCAGUGUUCCUAUGAUUCCAGAGGAAACAGUGUUCCCACGAUUCUCUUGAUGAUGCAAAGGCGUCUCUAUGAACAGGGCGGUCUUCGGGCAGAAGGUAUUUUUCGUAUAAACGCAGAGAAUAGCCAGGAGGAACUUGUGAGAGACCAGUUAAAUAGUGGAAUAAUUCCAGAUGGCAUUGAUGUCCACUGUUUGGCAGGUCUAAUCAAAGCCUGGUUUAGGGAACUGCCGAGCGGGGUGCUCGACUCUAUUCCACCUGAACAGGUGAUGCAGUGCCAAUCUGAAGAGGACUGUUCUCAGGUUGCUAAAUGCCUUCCACCAGUUGAAGCAGCCUUACUUGACUGGGCUGUUAACCUGAUGGCUGAUGUUGUCCAAGAAGAACAGAUAAACAAGAUGAAUGCUCGCAAUAUUGCUAUGGUUUUUGCACCAAAUAUGACUCAGAUGGCAGAUCCUUUGACUGCACUGAUGUAUGCAGUGCAAGUGAUGAAUUUUCUCAAGAUGCUAAUACAAAAGACCCUCAAGGAUAGAGAAGAGUCUCAUCUAGAGGAUGCUUCGCUGCCCCAGAAGGACCCAUCUGAUGAAAAUGGGCAUCAGAAGCCCAGCGUGACACUUGACUCUCACCUGCGGAAUGAGGAAGGAUCGAGGCAUCCCUCUUUUGUCAACGAGGAGCCCCUUCUGAACAGUCCUGCACACAGCACUGAAGACAAGCCUAAAGAAACUAAUGCUGCUGGAGGAGUCACUACUGCUUUCACUGGCCAGACAAGUGAAGUCCUGACGAGCACGGAGGGCUCCACUAGUUGCUCACAACUUGCUGAUCUGGCUGUUACUUAUGACGCUUCCUGUGCAACAGCUGUGAAUUCUCUUCAAGGCAAGGGGAGCCGAAGCCCCAAUCGUAGGAAGACCAGAAAGGGCAAGGGACAGUCUGGAACACGUGCCAUUCCUCCAGCUGAGAAAUCAAGAGGUGUGAGCAUUGUGAGCCGGAUAAAUUCCAAAGUUGAACGGAUAGAAGCAUGGAGAUGAACUUAAAUGCCACUGUUGCUGCUGUUAUGUAAUAGAUGACUGACCCAGUGUUUCCUGAAAAUAGGACCCCGAACUGCUUGCUGGCACAUUUUGCUUUCCGAUGUGCUUAUCAUUUCUUUCUGGAUAAUGAUCUUGGUACUCAACCUUUUCACUUUCACUAACUUUUGUAUCUUGCUUAUGAUUACUUGUUUGAGUGAAUGAAACAGAGGUUACUUUCUUUUGUACAUAAAUUUCCCCAGUCCAUAAAAGGUCACGGAUCUAUGUUGUGC